GGGGAAAGGGAAGAGAAAAGAGGGGGAAAUGGAGGAGGAGGAAGGAUGCUCCGUUUUAUACCCUCACCUUUCUGCACUGCAUCGAAACCCACCCAAACCCCCAAAUAACAACAGCAACACCUUCUUUCUCUUCCUGCACCCCACGGCAUCUCCCUGUGCUCCAUGACCUGGAGCAUUUGGGGUGGGGGCUGAGUUUGCAGCAUACCCCACUCAUGCAGGAUCUCGGGGGGUUGCUCCUAAUUGGGGCGGUGGGGGGGGGCGCCCUGGGAGGGGAACCUCCUCCAGCAGAAGUCUCCUUACCCUGUGAGAAGGAUGAGCAGCGAGGAUGCAGCUACAGGACCGCGGGUGCGAGAGGACCGCGGGCAGCGACGACAGGAGCGCGUCUCCUGCUGCUCCACCCGACCCGACGCCGUCCUCCGCCUCCCCAGCCAGCCCCGCCUGCACAAACUUUGCAGCCUCGCUCGCCCCCUCCCCUCCCGGGGCGCCCGCCCCCUUCCUCCCGCAGCUGCCGCCGCUGUUGCCGCCGUCGCCCGCGCUCCCGAGUCUCUCCUCCUGGCGCGGGCACUGGGCGCGAACGCGCUCGGGACCGCGGGCGGAAGUGGGCGCCGGCGUGGGGCUGUCACACGUGGGUGGAGCCGCCGUGGCUGCCCGGGCUCUCGCUGCCAGGCUUUGCAGGGCGUCCGUCCACCCACGCCCCCCUCCCCCUCGAGCGGCGACAGAGGGAGCAGCAACUGGAGGAAGUGUCCGAAGCCACCGCGAUCCCCGGGGUCACCCAGAUCACCCAACGGCUCCUCCGCCCUCCUCAUGCUCGCCCGGUGCUUUUCAGCGUGGCAAGGCCUCCACAGAGCUGGUGGUUCCAGGAUUUUCAUAAGAAUGACAUUAGGGAGAGAAAUCAUGUCCCCUCUUCAAUUGAGGUCUUCAUCUUCAUCAGCCAAAAAAAACUUUUUGAAGUGGGAUCUGUCACCAGAACAAAUUAAAGCAAGAACUGAUGAACUCAUACUACAAACCAAGGAAGUGUACGACACUGUUGGAAUGCUUGAUAUUGGCAAAGUGACCUACGAAAAUAGCUUACAGGCACUCGCAGAUUUAGAAGUGAAAUAUGCAGUGGAAAGAAGCAUGCUGGAUUUCCCCCAGCACGUCUCCCCUGACAAAGAUGUACGAGCAGCAAGUACAGAUGCUGACAAAAGACUUUCUCGUUUCGACAUUGAGAUGAGCAUGAGAGAAGAUAUUUUUCGGAGAAUUGUUCAUCUACAGGAAACCUGUGAUCUUGAAACAAUAAAGCCUGAAGCCAAACGCUACUUAGAAAAGUCCAUUAAAAUGGGAAAGAGAAACGGGCUUCAUCUUCCAGAAGAAGUACAAAAUGAAAUUAAAGCAAUGAAAAAAAGAAUGAGCGAAUUAUGUAUAGACUUCAACAAAAACCUCAAUGAAGAUAAUACGUUUCUUACAUUUUCUAAGGAAGAACUUGGCACUCUUCCUGAUGAUUUUGUUGACAGUUUAGAAAAGAUAGAAGAUAAAUAUAAAGUUACCUUAAAAUAUCCCCACUACUUUCCUGUCAUGAAAAAAUGUUGUAUCCCAGAAACCAGAAGGAAGAUGGAAAUGGCUUUUAAUACAAGAUGCAAAGAGGAAAACACCAAAAUUCUGCAACAGCUGCUUCCACUACGGGCCAAAGUAGCAGAACUCCUUGGCUACAGCACACAUGCCGACUUUGUGCUAGAACUCAACACUGCCAAGAGUACAAGCUCCGUGGCUGCUUUCUUAGAUGACUUAAGCCAGAAACUGAAACCUUUGGGGGAAGAAGAACGAGAGCUCAUUCUGAAUUUGAAGAAAAAGGAAUGCGAGGAAAAGGGGUUUGAAUAUGAUGGAAAAAUCAAUGCAUGGGAUUUAUAUUACUACAUGACCCAGGCAGAAGAACUUAAGUACUCCAUUGACCAAGAGAAGCUCAAGGAAUACUUCCCAAUAGAAGUGGUCACUGAAGGCCUCCUAAACAUCUACCAAGAGCUAUUGGGCCUCUCAUUUGAACAAGUGACCAGUGCUCACGUCUGGAAUGAAAGUGUUACUCUCUAUACAGUAAAAGAUAAAGCUUCUGGAGAGGUAUUAGGGCAGUUCUACUUGGACCUAUACCCAAGGGAAGGAAAGUACAGCCACGCAGCCUGCUUUGGCCUCCAGCCGGGCUGUCUCCUCCCCGAUGGUAGCCGAAUGAUGUCUGUGGCUGCCCUGGUAGUAAAUUUCUCCCAGCCUGUGGCAGGCCGUCCCUCCCUGCUGAGGCACGAUGAGGUGAGGACCUACUUCCAUGAGUUUGGUCACGUGAUGCAUCAGAUAUGUGCACAGACGGAUUUUGCUCGAUUUAGUGGGACUAAUGUGGAAACAGACUUUGUGGAGGUGCCUUCCCAAAUGCUUGAGAACUGGGUCUGGGACAAGGAUUCUCUCCGACGCCUCUCAAAGCACUAUAAAGAUGGGAACCCUAUAACAGACGAUCUGCUUGAAAAACUUGUUGCUUCUCGGCUGGUCAACACAGGUCUGUUGACCCUCCGCCAGAUUGUUCUGAGCAAAGUGGAUCAAGCUCUCCACACUGAUGCAUCUUUGGACUCCUCCAGAGAAUAUGCCAGAUAUUGUUCGGAGAUCCUGGGCAUUUCCGCCACCCCAGGUACAAACAUGCCAGCAACGUUUGGCCACUUGGCAGGAGGCUAUGAUGGCCAGUAUUAUGGAUACUUGUGGAGUGAAGUGUUUUCCAUGGACAUAUUUUAUAGCUGCUUUAAAAAAGAAGGGAUUAUGAAUCCAGAGGUUGGAAUGAAAUACAGAAACCUUAUCCUGAAACCUGGGGGAUCACAGGACGGCAUGGACAUGCUCCAAAGUUUCUUGCAACGUGAGCCAAACCAAAAGGCAUUCCUAAUAAGUAAAGGCUUGCACACUCUGUAAAACUAGGGAUCUUUUGUAGCAGUCGUGUCUGGAAGACAAAUUCAUGUUGCUUGGUAUUUGGGAUGUUAAAACAGGAGCCAUUAUCAGACCUGAAAAUAUGUAGAAUUCUGCCUGUCUGAUUUUAUUUAAAAAGCACAAACUUAACCACGGAAUUACAAAAUAAAAUGUAAUUGUAGGAACAGCCCAUUAGAAAAUAAUUGUAGUUAUAAAAACAUCAUUUAAGUACAUAUGUGAACUUCUUUUUAUAAAAAUUUCAUAAGACUAAUUUGUUUGUUUUUUAAAUUGUAAUCUGGGUAAUGUACAUGUGAGAAACCUGACAGUUUUAAAAUUGAAAUGAAUGUACAUUGUUAAAAGGUUCAUUUAAUCCAUUCCUACAUUUUGAAGUUUUGUACAUGUGGCUUCUGUGAAUAUAAAUGAAUAUUCACAUAA